ACGCUUUAAAACACAGUAAGGAACUUUGAAAAUGGAUGCAGAUAAAAAUCUUCUUCACAAUUUCUCGAACGCUCUUAGAAACCACAAUGCGAAAAGAACAGUUUCACUGUAUAAAACUCAAAAUCAAGGUAGUAGUAGUGGAGAAAAUUACAAAAUUAAAGAUGUGUUAUCAGGGAUUGCAAAACAAUUAAAAGCUAUACAGCAUGCCGAUAGCGUGAAGAAAAAACCAAGUUCGAGGGGUAUUCCAUAUUACGUCAAGAAGUCCAAUUUUCUACCUGUUCAAAUGGUUCCUGUGGAGGAACCAUUAAAACGAAUGCAAAUAAACAAAUUUGAAACACAAUGUGAUUUGGACACACAACUGAUGAAUAUAAUUGAAGAUGCUGAGGCAAUUAUAGAUGUGGAAAAGGAUAUAACACAAGAAUUUGAAACUACUUUCUGUCAUAAAGAUUGUAUUGAUACAACUGAAGUUAGUGAACUCAGCAAUGUAGCUCAGGCAACUAGUUCAUCACAGGCAAUUUAUUGUGGAAUUAACAGUCAAGAUAAUUUAUGCCAGUCAGACAGUGAUGGGAAUAAUCUCCAGCAACAUAAACAUAAUAAUAUGUCUGAUAAUAAAAAUGCAAAAAUAUCUGAGAAUGGUACCACACAAGAAUUUAAUAUAACUUUUUGUCAUAAAGACCAAAAAGACAAUAUUGAAGAAAAUAUUGAAGACAAUCCUUAUAUUCAAAAAAAACGUGGUUCUUAUGAAUUAUUAGAAACAGAUAAUUACAAUAUCCAAGAAAACAAUCUUAUGGAAACUAAAAGUGUAAAUACACAGAAUACACAAUUUUUUGAAAAAACUUAUUCUUGCUGUUAUAAUGCAAAUAAACUUUCCCCAAUAGAAGUAAACACUUUUGCUAGUAAAACUAUUGAACAUUUUGAACCCAAGACAGGUGCAACAAUUAAAAAUACAGAUAUCUUUUGUAAUUUCGUUACUGACAAUAACUUUAAUUUUAAUACCUGUGACGACGACAAUAACAACUACAGCCAAAAUGAACUUAAUAAAAAUUCUAAAUCUAAUGUGGAAGAACCGAAAAGUCCAAUUCUAAAUAAAAUCCAAGUUAAAGUAAAUUCACACAAACCAUUACCUCUUAUAUUUAAAUUAGAAUCAUUUGAGAAAUUUGAAAGUGUAGCAUUGCCUAUUAUAGAGAAGCAUGAUUAUGAAACUGCAAAGAGGGUUAUAAAUUCUCAAAUUUUAAAUAGAGAGUUAUUCAUUCAUACACAUGCAGAAGCUGUAUUGAGCGAUAGAGACAAAGAUGAUCAGAAGAUAAUUCCAAUUCUUAACUCCUUACCGCAUUGUAACAGAAAGUCUGAAACUAGUCACGUAGUGUGUUCAGAUAAUAAAGUAACAGUUAAUGAAGAUAAGAUGCUUUUCACCAGUGAUGAAGAAGAUGUUUAUAACAAUUGGGAUGAAUUACCAAUGACAUGUACUUUCCGAAAUUCAUUUGGUAGUGACCCAGAAACUCCAGAUAAAUCAAUGUUUGUUGGAUUUCAAACAGCUAGUAAUAAUUCUAUACAAAUUUCAACAGAUUCAUAUAGCAAAGCAAAAAAUAUUUUUGAAAAUGUUAUUAAUAUUGAAGAAGGGAGCCUUGUUAAUAUUACAGAUAAUAGCAAUAAUAUUGCUUAUACUAGCGAACACGAUAGUGUUCAUAUCAAUACUGUAAUGAGUAACAGUGAUGAUGAUAAUAUAACAUAUAUAAAUGGAAAAGAAAAUACAACAGAUGUUCCUCUACUUUCAAGCAAUGCUACAGCCAGUGAUAAUAAAUGUGAAGAUUUAACAAAAUAUUUACAAAUUGAUAACCAUAUUUUAGAAGAGUUUAAUAAAGACUUAAUAUCUGAUAUGAACAAACAACACCCAAUAGCAGGUUAUAUUAUGAAUAUGGAAAUAACAUCAAAAUCCUUAAAUGUUUAUACUACAGAAGCGAAGGUAGAUAUUAGUCCAGAAUAUAAUAACAUAGGAAAAUAUAGGAAAGCUCAUAACAAACAGAUAAAGGUUUCCACACCUGUUUCACAAAAAAUUAAAUCUAUUUUUGAAAAUAGUGUAUCUCUGACCAAUAAAAGGGAAAAUCAUAGAAUAGAAAACCUAAGUACUUUGGGUCUUUUAACAUCUGCGAGUUCGGCAAAUACCCUAUAUCCGGUUUGUCAUUCUGAACCAAAUUCUUUGCUACAAGGUUUUAAAACUGCAAGUAAUAAACCUGUUGAAAUAUCGAAAAAAGCAUUAGCAAAAACGAAUAAAAUUUUUCAAAAUAUUAAUAAUGUUAAUAAAAAUAAUGAAGAUUUAGAAGAAAAUGUUUAUUACCCUGUCCUUGAAACAGUAUCUCAUGCAUUUAAAGGAUUUAUGACUCCUAGUAAUAAACCUAUAAUAAUUACUGAUAGUGCAUUCACUAAAAGUAAAAAAAUAUUUCAAGAUAUUGAUAAAAAUGAAGAUAUAUAUGACUGCGUCUUUAAAGCAACUGCUGCCAAUACACUUGUACAGUCAAGUGAUGCAUACAAAUCUGCAAAUAAUACAAGUGUAAAAAUAUGUGAAAGUGCAUUAGCUGAAGCAGAAAAUAAAUUACAAUAUAUUGAAACUGAAAAUAAUAAAAAGAUAAACUAUGGUGUAAAUAAAACUAUUCCAAUAUCUGAAAAACAAUUAGCUAAGUGUAAAGACAUAUGCACCAUACAAGCUAUUUUUGAAACCAAUGCGCCGAAUGUUGGGUGUGAUAAUAUAAAAGAUAAAAUCCCUGUCAAGGUCGCUGACAGCAUUAUACCGGAACCUGUGUUGCGAGAGUUUAAAACAUCGGUUAAUGUAUCUAAGGAUGCAUUAGACAAUACGAAAAAAAUCUUUCAAGAUAUUGAUAUUAAAGACCACGAAGUAAAUAAUCAUGUACGUAAUGAUUUCGAAAAUUUAUUAAAAGAAAAGCAACCUUAUCCCAUCACUGAUGUAUCUCAGCAUUAUAUCUGUCAAGGAUUCAAAACUGCAGGCAACAUACCGCUAGCGAUUUCUGCAGGGGCCCUCGCGAAAUCAAAAAAGAUCUUUCAAGAUAUUGAUAUGAUUGAAAGUCACAAAGAAAGUAAAGUUAUAAAUGAUGAAUUUGAUAAUAUAUCAAAAGAAAAGCGACCUUACCCUAUCGCUAAUACAUCUCAAAAUGAUAUCUGUAAAGGAUUUAAAAUAGGAAAUAAUAUACCGGAUGAAGUAUCUAAGGAAGCAGUGUGCAAAAUGAAAAUAAACUUUCAAGAUGAAAUGAAACACCGCAAGGAAAAACACCCAAACCAUGGAUGCAAUGAUUUCGACAACACAUUUCGAUUAACACAUAAGCAACCUUUCACAAUCGUUAAUACAUCUGGAAAUGCUAUAUGCCAGGGAUUUAAAACAGCGGGAAAUAUUCCAGUAGGGAUUUCCGCAGGUGCUCUUGCGAAAUCAAUAAAGAUCUUUCAGGAUAUUGAUGAAAAAAGUAAAGUAAUAAAUGAUGAUAUUGACAAUAUAUUUAAAGCACAGCUACCCUAUCCCACCGCAGGAAUAUCUCAAAAUCAUAAAUGUCCGGGAUUUAAAACAGCAAGCAAUAAAUCGGUUAAAAUAUCUAACCAAGCGUUAUCAAAAAUGAAAAGAAUCUUUCAAGACAUUGAAGACCACAGUGAAAGUAAAGUUCUAAGUGAUGAUUACGAAAAUACAUCUAGAAAAAAACAACAUUAUAAUAUAGGUAAUUGUGCUGAGAAAGAUUUAUAUCAGGGAUUUAAUACGGCAGACUUUGAAGGAAAACAAAUACAGGAAAUUCCUAAAAAGUCAGAAAAAAGUGUUCAAGGUAUUGAUAUAGUAGACGUAGAACAUAGUAAUGACAAUGUCGAUAAAUUGAAAAAACAUCACCCUUAUCCAAUAACUAACAGAUCUGGGAAUGCUAUAUGUCUAGACUUAACGGAUAACAAAGAUUCAGCACUAAUUUCUGCUCUUGCGGAAUCAAAAAGGAUAUUUGAAAAUAUGGAUAUAGAUUGUGAAGUUAAUAAAAUAAGUAGAGAGAUCAGUGAAAAUAAAACUGAACUUCCAAUUAAAAGUCAACACAGUUUUAUAGGAUUUCAUACAGCAAGUAACAAAAAGGUUAAAAUAUCAGAAGAAGCACUUUUAAAAAGUAAGCAAGUAUUUCAAAAUAUAGAUGAUGAUUUAAAAAAAGAACUUUCUCAAAAACCUUCGAAAUUAAAUCCCAAUGACAAGAAAUCAUCUAGUAAUUUUGGAAUUCAAACAAAUCAACACCUUACCAUUGAUUCUGAAAAAUCUUUGAAGAAUUGUAGAAUUAUAUUAAAUGAUUUAGACAAAUCUAUGAAUGCUAGUACUGAUUCAAAAUGGAAUCAAGAUGAUAAUAUUUCUGAAAAUAUCGUUUUAGAAGAUUUUAAUACAGAGAUAAUAAGAGACUUCGAAGAAGUCGUUUAUACAGAAGAUUUUGUUAAAAAUGAGACACGAAAAAGCAAAAGAUCUGGUAGUCCGAUAUUGUCCUAUCCUAAAGCAACGAAAAGAAAGAAAUUUGAAACACCAAUAAUAACCAAAAAAUUCGUUGCACCUAUCAUUAGUAAAAGUAUAGAAAAAAUGUAUACAAAUAACCUGUAUAACUUUGAUGAAGAUUAUAAGAAAAUUAAAAAGUACUUUUUAAAAGACAUAAUUGAAAUAGACAAAUCAGAAAACAUUCAUAAUGUAGAUCCUCACAUCUUAAAUUUUAAAUUUGAUACACUACUAGAUUUUGAGUUUACAUCCAAUAGAAAUGACAUAAAUAGUGAACGAUGGAUGACAGAUAAAAUAAAAAAGUUAUUCACAGAUUCUGUGAACAAAAGAAUCAUUCCUGAAGGUUGGAUUGAAAAUCAUUUAAAGCUGAUCAUUUGGAAGCUUAUUUCAUACGAAAUUCGGUUUCCUAAAGCUAUGAAAAAUGUCUGUAGCGUUAAAAAUGUAUUGGAACAGUUGAAAUAUAGGUACCAGAGGGAGCUUUAUAAUGUAGAAAGGCCGGCUUUGCGGAAGAUUCUAGAGAAAGAUGAAGUGUCUACUAAAAGGAUGAUUCUGGUUGUGGCUGGUCUAUUUGUGGAUGGUGUUAAUGUAUUGAGUGUUACAAAUGAAAUGCAGAACAUAGAACUGCUCUUGACAGACGGGUGGUAUACCGUAAAAGCGUCUACAGACAGAAUGAUCGACGGCUUAGUGCGCGACGGCAAGAUUCGUGUUGGAACGAAACUGGCGGUACAUGGUGCUGAACUGUUGAAUUGUGAACAGGGGAUCGCGCCUUGGGAGGACACAUCUUCAGUACGCUUGAAAAUAGCCGGCAACUCAACACGGCGCGCGAAGUGGGACGCGCGCCUCGGUUUCCAUGGCAACGGCGCCAUCUUGACCCGCCUGUCAGCUGUCAAGCCGGAGGGCGGGAAAAUAUCGCACCUGAGAACACUAGUCACAAGAGUGUACCCGCCUUUGUAUAUUGAGAAGUUUCCAGAUGGCAGCACUUUGACGCGCUCUGAACGUUUGGAACACAUAUACCAGAUGAAGUACGAAACUGAACGCCAGAUCCAAAUGGAGAAGCUGUACGAGGAAUUGGAGAGGUUCUCUGAUCAGGAAUCUCAGGACUCUGAAGGGCAAUGUUUAGAAGAUAUAGCGAUGGAGAGCGGCUCGCAAAUAUCAAGGCUGAUGAAGAAGAGCAGAGAUCGUGAGGAGUUCAGAGCGAACCUCACAAGCUCGCAGGCUCACCUCCUUCAGCAACACACUUUGAGACAGAAGGACAAACUCGUCCAGGCAUUGCAGGACAAAUUUCAGGAGCUAGUGAAGAAGCGAGGUUUUGACACGCCCAGGAAUGUGGUUCCGCUGAUGAAGGUCAGAAUUGCUGAUGUGGACACUGGAGGAGUCACUAAAGCAAUGACUACAAUAUGGAAGCCAAAUGAAACCAUACAAGAAAUGCUAACGGAAGGCGCGUGGAUCGACCUCUAUAACGUUGUUCCUACGUCAGUUAGAUACUCAGAGAUACAAAUAUCAGCAGGCAGACAAUCAGUUUUUCGAAGAGCGAAAUCAAAAGAAAAUGAAAAACUAAAAACCUUAGCCCUUACAUUAAAAAGACAAUGCUACACUGCAAAAGACCUUCAAAACCCGUCUUUGAAUACAGAUUACAAUGAAGUGGAUACAGUUGGUUUAAUAUUUUUAAUAGAACCACAGACCGAAGAGUUCGAAAAGAAUAAUCAGCCGUUCCAAAACUUGUACCUGACGGAUGAAGAUAAAAAUAUAAUCUGUGUUAAUUUCUGGGGUGGUAUUAAAAAAUUCGGUUUCCAAAAUAUUUUGGUUGUUGGUCAAAUUGUGACGUGUGUUAAUUUACAGAAACGGGCUGGCAACACCAGGAAGAACAUACCACAGUACCGUGCAACAGAAUUAUCAUACUUCACUAAAAUAUCAAAAAUCGAUUCCGUUAGAAAGAUAGCGGACGAUUUGACGGCUAAAUUUUGUACUUUAGACAAGCGGAAGUUUAUAGACGACUGUGUUUUAUUGAAAAAUAACUAUCACAAUAUCAAGUGUGGCAACACUGAAAACGUUUCCCCGUACAGAUUAAAUACCAGCGACUAUAACGUCUACAAAAAUAAAGUUUUCAUCGAGUCCCCUCUAGUUCAUUCUACGGAUUUAAAUCUUUCUGGUCUAGAUUUCGAGUCUACUUUUAAACAAACCGAAACUCAAGACCUUUCACCUCAAACGUUACUAAGGAAAAGAAAGGUUAGUGAAAAAAUCGCCAAAUUAAAAAUGUACGGCGAACCGCCUCCUUUGAGUACAAUACAUAUAACAAACAAAUCCAGUAACACAGUUAAAGCUUUCAAAAGCCCGUUUUCAAAGAAUGAAAUUGCCACCAGUGCUGCCAGCUCAAUUUUACCCCGAAAUUGUGGAGAUAGCAAUACUAAUUCAGAUUACAGUAACCAACAUAAUAAAGAAUAUAAAGACCGCGUUACAAAUUUACCCCAGAAUAGGGUAGAAUGUAAAUCCACCAACUCUGAUGCUUUACCCCAAAAUGAUGUAAAUAAAAUUGAUUCUAGUCCAAUAUUAAAUAGAACUUAUGUUAAAAGAACCAGUAUUAAUCCUGUGAAAUUAAAUUUUUCUAAUGCUAUUGAAACUAGUAUUAUAGACCCAUUCGCCGAAGCUUUUGAUGGCAGUCCGCCAUUGAGCUUGGAUGUGAAUUUUGUUACUUAAUUAAACAAUUAGAACGCACUUGCGUUGUCUGACAAGACUUGGUUUUUUUAAGAAAAUAGAUACAAGCGAACAAACUGCAGUUUUUCCCUGCCACUGAUUCUAACACUGCCACUUAUGUAAGUAUGGAAUUUUGAGCAGUUUGAAAUCGCGAUAAAUUGCGGUUUGCUAUAAAUUAAUUGGUGCUAUUUUGGGUGUUUACAAAUCUCCGAAUCCGGCAGAGUUAUUACGCGUAUAGCGUAAAUCUUGUAAUCACUGCUGUCAAACGUCACUUCUGUUUAUUAACUGUAUGGAAAAGUGACGUUUGACAGCAGUGACUGCAAGAUUUACGACUGUCGCAAGCCUGUCGCGAGAUACGAAAUCACCCUGCCGGUCCAAAUAAUAGUAGGUACCAUCCUGAUCCACACAGAACCUCCACUACUUUUAGAUCUGUCACUUUAGAGACAAUUGUGAAAAUUGUAUUUUGUAUAUUUUUCUAUUCGUUUUUAAGUGAUAAUAACCCUUACUAAUAUUCAUCAUCAUAUUAACCCAUUACCGGCCCACCAAAGAGCACGG